AUGAGCGCGAGAUGUCGAUAUCAACCUAGAUUUACCGUGGGAAAUCAAUCGAAACAACUCUAUGCUGUCAAUAUAGCGUGUCAUCUCGCCGCGAUUGUGCGGAGGUGCUUCUCGCCGACCGCGAUAAUCAUCGCGCUAACGUUGUUAGGCGGAUUCGAGGCAAGUGCAGGUGAACGAUGGUCACGGCAGGUCUCCAACAGUGAGUGGAUUCCUCUGGCUGAUCCGAGAAUCGCAUCCGUUCAAUCAUCGCAAGAUCGCAACACGGGAAGGGGUCUUCUGCCCAGCAGCACACAUUUACCAAAUCCGAUCCAAUCGCUCUCGUUGCCGCCUGUUCUUCAACAACAGUACCAGGAACAAUUGUUUCAGCUGCAGAAAACGCAAGAGAGUAUCCAAAAGCUCCUUCUUCUGCAGCAACAGCUAAAAGCACAACAGCAGCUUCUCCAGUCGCCGACGUUUGCGCCCAGCGGCUUCAGCAACGAAGACGAGAAGCAAACGCUAUCUCAGAGUUCCUUGAGUAAUUUGCAAACGGCACCCGAACUAUCGCCGGAAGUUUUGGCACCACCGCAUCCAUCCUCAGAAGCUCUUCCACCAGUAUAUCCGCCGCAGAACUUCCUACCGUACAGACCGGGACAUGCCCAGCAGAAUCAGAAUUUAUACAGCAAUCAGGAAUUAUCGAACUUGCCCGUUCAGGGUCAAGUUGUGCUGCAACACGGUCAGAACGUAGACGAUACGCAAGAAGGACCACACAAUUACGUGACGAAACACGGAAAUCAGAGACCCGAUGGAAAACGCCUGAAAGGACAGCCGAGCCCAGGAUUGCAGCAACCUCCUCUGAUUGAAAGUACCGGCGAUGAGGAAGAAGAGGUUCAGUUAGUAUACGUUCCAGCGGAAACGUUGGCGCAAAGGGGUCAACCGAAAAGGGGCCGCGGAAGAAAGCAAUAUCCCGUUCGUCAGCAUCAUCAUCAACGGGAACACCAAGGACAGAUCGAGCAAACUUCUCUAUCACCCGAUCAAGAGGCCUUUGCGCGGCAAGUGCUGCAACAGAUACAGGAGGAAAAGGCGCAAUACUUGAAGGAGGAGCGCGUGAAGGAAUUCGCUAGAUUAAACGAGGAGCAGAAAGCACUCGAACUAAAGACACGACUGCAACAGGAGGCUCUUCAGAGAGAGCAGGAUUUGUUGCGACAGAAAGAAGCCGAUAAGAAACGAAAGGAGUUGGAGAGACUAGAGGAACUGGCACGGCAACGCGAACUGGAUCGAAUUCGCGAGGCGCGGGAGAAACAAAGGCAGGAGGAGCUCGAGCGACGAAGACUCGCGGAACUUCGCGCCAAAGAGGAGAAACGCCGAGAGGAGGAAGCCAGACAAGAUCGACAAAAGCAAUUGGAAUUAGAGCAAGCUCUAAAGCAGCAACGGAUUCUGGAGACUCAUCAACAGAAAGAUCAGUUAAGGCCCAGCGGCCCCGGCUUGCUUCAUCAGAACGCUCAAUCUCAAGCUCUGAUCCGCGACCAAGCGCGUCGCCAACAUCUUACAGAUGGCACCAGGCCUAAGAAGAUUCACGGCAGGCAACGUCAACGGGUCAAUCAGUAUCAGGAACAACCGCACUUCCGCGAAGUGAUGACGACUACGCCAUCGCCGAAUCAACCUCCUCUCUCCGUUUACAUGGGAAGUUCCACUUCCAGGCAGGAAUCCAUCAAAGUUACCGAUGUCUUGAGGAUCUUGAAGGACGCGAAGACCAUCGCUGUUUUGGAUACCGUUAGUUCCAAUAGCCCGCAGGUCUUUGUGGGUCCGUCGAACCUAGAUCCUCCCUAUGGUUACGCAAAGUUCGAUCUCCCUUACCUGUCAUCGAUUGAUCACAAUAGAGUAGAGCGCAAAGUCGACAAGUUACCCUUCUUCGUUGCUCCUCUGAGCUUUAAACCGCCUCCGGGUUACUCCAAGAUUCCUUUCCCAGCGCCGCAUAUUGGUUCCGUCGUCGUUAACACGCUAUCGGAUUCAUCCCCAGAACCGGAUACAUCAGUGCGCGAACAGAAUCUCAGUCCGACGCCACUCAUCGAGCCGAACUCCUACAGUGAUGCUGAUCAAAGCGGAUCCAUCGCCACCACCGCAUCUUACGAUGCUCAGACCGCUCAGAACUUCUCACCGGAGUCCAGCAGUCCGAAAUACGAAUCCGCUUACUCAACGCCGGCUUCAGGUUCGAGGUAUCGAUUCCGACAGUACUACGAGAACAAGCCAGCUUCCGUCAGCACAUCGUAUUACGGCGAGCAAUCGACUACAAAGACGAAGCCGAAGCAGUACUACGAUCACGAGUCCAAACUGACCACCCAAUCUCCUAAACUCGACACAACCGUCAGUUAUAGACAGGAAAUAUCCUAUUCCAGCACACCCAGUUUCCAAGACAGAACGGUAAAUCCGAAUGAUCCUUCGACGAAGGAACAGGACUUGGCAGCUCAAUUGGCACUCAUCAAUCAAGAACUCGCCCAGCAAAGAGAGGCUCAAAGAUACAACACGGCCGAGCAGUAUCAUUCUCAGACUAAUCUGGGCGAAUCGUACGACGUUAAUGACGUCAGAGCUCCAGUCGGGCCGACGCAAUAUAAUUUACCAGCGGAAUUGCCACCGAUUUCUCCGCAUCUUCCGGGUUUGGUAAACUCUUUGCUAGAUAAGCAAGAAGGAAAUCCUACCGUCUCCUCGACGCCACCAACGACGACAACUACGACUACAACGUCGACUACAACAACGACUGCUCGUGUCAGCUCUACAACCUACAGACCACGAGGAAGAGGCAGAGUCGUACCUACAAGAUCCAGGACAACAACUCAGGCAUCUGCUAAUAGAACAAAUGCGGAGAAAAACCGAAGACCAACGUACAACAGAUCCAAGUCUCGAUUUACGACUACGACGGAAAGCUAUCACGAAUCCUCUUACGAGCCAACGAAAGCGAAAACACCGGAGACCACGCAGAAAUACAACACGGAACAUAGGAGGCCAGUAUCCAGGACGCAUAAGCAUAGAAAUCGAGAUAGAACGAGUUCUCAGUCCGCGGUUCUCGACCCAAACCACGUUCAAGCUCAACAUGCAGCCAGCUACGAGAACUUUCCGACGCAGAGCAUCUCGCAGAGCAAUGCAUCUCCUGACGCGUAUUCGCCGACAGGCGGAGCCGCCCCUAACGUCCACCAAAAGGAUACCUCCUCGCCAGGCGUGAGCGAUUUCACCCGGGAGAAUUAUCCGCCGACCACUCCCACACAAACGGAGAAUUAUCCGCCGUUGCGCGAGGUCACUAUCCAGCACGGCACACCCUUGAUGUCCAACGAUUAUUCCAGAAGUCAGAAUUAUCCGCAAAGUCGUCCUCAGGAAGCACGUUACCCUGAGGGUGCUACGUACGAGCAGAACAGCAACUUCGAACAACCGGGACUUGAGAGGACUCCUGUCAACGGAUUCAAUUAUCAAGCGGCAAACUCGCCGGAUCAAACAGCUCCCCAGAGAUCGAAAGAGUAUCCGCAUUACCAGGAGAAGCUGGAGAAUGCCAACUAUAAUCUACCCACCACAGUGGACCCGCGAAUUAGACCCGGAGAGGAACAGCAAUAUUCUCCGAUUUAUGAGACUAACGUAGCGCAAACUCAGUCGGAUUAUAGCGCCGGCAAAAUCGAGGGUGCCGCGAUAGAGGCCGAUCCGAACGCGUCACCCAUCUUCAUACCGCUCCAGCACAACAAGCAAGAGGACUAUGAGCUGCAAAUUCCCUCUACGGAAGCACCGCUUGCCGAAACCACUACGACCAGAACGACCACUCCGGCGCCCGUAAUAAUACGUCAACGAGUUCGCGGUAGAUUGGGUACCCGCACUCAUCAUGACUCCUCGGUUCAAACGCGGCCGCGGGGCUCUCAGGACGAAUACGUACGUUUUAGCGCCGUGAAUCAUGAUUCUGGACGCAGCACGAGUCACAGGCACCGCGAGGGAUCAAGAACAAGGGUACGCGCACGACCACAGAGUCACCACGGGUCGCAGGUGCAGACCGAGGGCAACGAGUACAUAAAGAUACACGGUGCUCAGCAGCAGAGAUUAGUCGCGACCACCGUACCGCCGACAACGAGCACCACUACGACCACGGCUGCCCCCGUAGAGGAGGAUGUCGAUUAUGGAUUCAUAAGGGCGCCUAACUUCCACCCGGUAAAUCCAGUACAGCCUGUACAUCCGAUGGAUAAUAGAUUCCAAGCGCCCAUUACGUAUAGACCACCUUUGUCUGAGAUACAGCACAUAAUCUCCCACGACGAGUCCGCGGUAGAAUCUAGUCCCAGUCACAUCUUGAAGAAUCGUCCAACGUAUCAUCAAGCUCCAAAUCGUCGUCCGAUCAUAAAAACACUUACAACGACGACGACGAGCACGACAACGGAAACCAUACCUGUCGCAACGGCGAUGCCAGAUGACGUCAUGUACACGGUGAAACCGAAAACGAAGCCAGAAAAUCCGAAAUCAAGAGUACGAGGAAGAAUUCGCCGACCGGGCAAGAAGCGCACGACGACAACCACGGAAUCCGUCCUCGAGGCGAACAAUGAAUUGCCCUUGGACGAGAAUUAUCCUCGCAUAAUGCAACAAUUACCAGUGACGGCAACGGGACAGCAGCCCAUCUACGAGGAGAAUUUCGAUAUCUCGUCACAAUUCGUGCCGAAUCAAAACCGGCCAGCGACAUUUUUCGAGGAGACCGGAGAAAACUAUCCGCCUCAGCAAUUUGUUCUAAACUUUGGUGACCUGCCGGAGCAGGUGCCACAACGCGACGAGUACGAUCAAACCCAAUUAGCCAGUGUUUCAUCAAAAACGUAUUUGGGCCACCGUGGGAACACGGAUACAGGCGUGCACGGUGAUAUCUACGGCGCCGAGAGUCAGUGGUCCACGAAGCUGUCGAGGACGUCGUUCCAGCCAAGCUUCGCCACGAAUCACAUGGUUGGCGAGAGAGUCCGUGAUAGAACUCGCGGCGAUCAAGCGGUCGGAAAUGCGCCUGAGAUUAUUACAGCUGGACCGGAGCCGUCGUCGGUGACGGUAAUGGUGUCCGCCGAUUACCAGAAGCCCGGAAGCAACCCUGGCGAUAUGGAUACGAUAUUGGAUGUCUUCGGGAUGAAAACUAAUACGCAGGAUCACGCAGAAAAAUCGAACGUCACAACGGCCGUAACGAGUUCACCAUCGACGACAGUACCUCGGGGCAGCAUCCGAAGCGACAAGGAAACGUCGCCGGAAGCGCAGGAUUGGAUGAGGAAGGAGAAUUCUUCGAAGGAGGCGGACGACUCGGCAAAGAUGGCGAAAAAGGUCACCGACCCUCUUGUCGGUAGAAAGACUGGAACUCGACGAAGAAGAGUUCGCGUGCGGGUGAGGCCGAUCUCGGACGAUUUCGUUACCGCCGAGUCUCAGCACUACAACUCCGCAAUGAACAGCCUUGUUCAGGAUCAGUACAAGUACAAUCCGAUCCAGGAGUUAAAAUUCACCACCGCUCAGCCAAUUGCCACAACUGUCACCGCGGCUACCGCGACUGCGAGCACAGAUGCGACUCGAAAAUCGUUGCUGCAGGGCUUCCUGGAGGAGAUGUUGAAGAAUGACGGAGUUUCCAUUCCGACUCGAGUCACCGUGACUACAACGGAACUGCCCGAUUGGACGAUAUCGACGCCGAUGACGACGCCGUAUGCCAUCUCCGAUGAUGGUGAGACCACAACUAUGGGAGAGAACUAUACACCAACGAUGCUAACACCAAAUUCCAAAGAACGUAUAUAUGAAAGUUCCGGAUCGAGUACAUCCAUCGAAGAACGACAAACAGCAUCGUCCGAACAAGCUUCUCGUUCACCGCAGGAAGAAACGGAAAUUCGAAAAGAAAUUAAGUCCGAAAAGUACUGGGGCAAGAGUUCUCAAGAAGACAAAAGUGAACAGAAUAAUUUAGAGAAUUCGGUCGCAACAUUUAGCCAGGAAUACAAACUUCCAUCGAAUUACGGAUCCGAAACUACGAAAGAAAUCGAAGAUACAAAGUUAGCAAAGUUAACGAACUUCCCGACUGCAGCUGAAGAGAUACGUAAGUUGAGUGCCAUCAAAAAAGAGAAGGAACACAUAAUGACGCUGAGGAAACAGAAGGAAAACGUCGAAGAGAAUGAGGCGCAUCCGAAGAAUCAUCGUGCCAAGUGGAGCGAAGUGAGAUAUCCAUCAGCCUUCGACAAGUCGCAAUCGGCGCUAAAGCAUUCUACAACUUCCAUACCCGGCAUUGUCACGCGAAACGAGGGUGAUACCAGCGUGAAGACGCUCUCCGACUAUGUAAAGGCGAUCUUUGACAGCAUGAAGAACGCCGACCGGGAAGAGGAGGAAGAAAUCGCGAAAGUGGUCGAGGCUGAAACCUCCGCGAAUAACUCCAGCUUCAACAACGUUGCUUCGAUACGUGAGAUGAGCAGGAAAGAAAUCGAGGAGAGCGAUUACAGAGUUGGCACGACCGACUCUUCACAGGAAGCUUCUACGACACAGCGUGCCAGAAUUAAAGAGACGAAUGCCGAAGAAGCACGAAGUAUCGCAGAACCGACAACGACGAACGAAAGUGCCACAACCUUCGAAACGACCACGUUGAUCCCAGACGCGACUACAAACACGAUGGCAUCGUCUGAAGAGAUGAUAACAGAACCUUCUACGACUACGUUGCCCACGAAGACCACGACAUCGAUUAGACAGACCGCAGGCAGCGUGGCUCGAGCGAAUUCCACGGAGACGAUGCUGGGCAAGAUCCUUAGGACCUCAACCACCACGAAAGUGUCUCACAUGACGGAGAUUUGCUACAGAGGUCGAUGCGUAAUGACAAGGCCCAAGCUGGAGGACGUUAUGAGGAGAUGAAGGAAAUUCGACGCAACGACAAUGUCAAAAAUUUAGUUGCGAGAUCAUCUUGUAUGAUUAACACUUUUCUGUCCGAUUUUGUCCGAUGAAAAAUGAACGAUAUAAUAAACAGCAACUAUAUACUACAUUCAUCUUGAUUUAUUACGACUAAAGAAUACAAGCAUGUUGAGUAAAAUAAAAGAUUCCUUAAAGAAAAACAAAACUAUAUAAAUAAAAUCUCGCCGAACAGAAAAGUGUUGAUUUUCGUAUCGUAUUGAAUCAUUUUAUUUAUUGAUCAAGAUAUAUCGUGCUCGCGAAACGAAUCUCCGAAAUAUUUCUUAAAAUCGCAAUUAAGCUUUCGCAUUCUCUCAGAUUGCUCGCGCGUAAUGGCGUAAUAUGCAAGGAAGCCAUUGCAAUUUUUGGGGAAAUUAUUUUUUCAAUUAUACGUACAUCUAAUCACAGAAAGACAGUAUGGAUUUUAUGCCAUAAAAGAUAUUAGCCAAAAUACUGAAAACAAAUUAAGAUUCAGCGUAACAACAGAACAUGGAUUGAUUAUACCGCCAAGUUUCCGCAAGAUUCACACAUCAUACGUAAAUACACGGGGGAUGAUUAAUGUUCUCCAGGCACCUUCAUUUACGGGAGAUAUUUUAUCACUGGGAGGUACGGCAUCGCUCAAGAAGUUGCGACAAAUUAUGCGUGUCGGAGGUUUAAGGGCAAAAUAUCUACGUGAUAUCGGCCGUAGAAGGGAUGUCCCCUUCUUGAAGAGGAAAUUCCAAGCGUCGUUGGUGGCAAAUCGACCGUCCAUCACGACGCAUGUUUAUAAAAAGGACGUCGAGCGUGUUCCACCAGCGAUUUUCGAAGCGCGGAGGCUCGACUUGCGUUCCGCCAGCGCGAGUAACUACGUGUAUAUCGUGUCACUUAAAAAUCGUAUAUAAGGGGACCUAAGUUUAUUUAAUUUAAUUACAUACCUAUGUAGAGUAUACGUGUAAGUUAAGCGUGUAAGUAUAUUUUAAUAAAAACGCGUGAGAGCGCAACAAAGUAUA